AUGCUGGUAUUUGGCCACUUCAGGUAUAAAAUAUUAGUCACUUCAAGUUCCCAAUUUGAGCUAGGACCGGUAUCCAAUCCUCUCAAGAACUACAUCAAGACUUCAACCAUCAUUCUUCAGAUUCUCUCGGAGUCUACCGUAUCGACUCUCUUCCUCUGUCUAUUGGAUCUGGUUGAAUACAGCCAGAAAAAGCGCAAUGCGGUUCGAGGCAUUCAGGAGCGAGUCGAGACACGUGCAAAAAUAUUGAAGGCAAAAUUGAAAUUCGAAAAGAAGGAAGCAAAGGAGCUGAAAAAGGCAGAAAAAAAGAGGGAGAAAGAAAGAAAAAAGGAAAUGAAUGCAGAAAAGAAGAAGCAACCACCGACAACUGAUGGUGUAUCGGACGUUCAGCAUCAGAACCAAAGCACCACGGAUGCGCGGGAGGUCCUGAGAGUUCAGAUGGGUCAAAUGGGUCACAAACGCCGGUAUCAAUCACACAUUGAGCUCUUGUGA